AUGGCGAAUCUUCCCACCGUUCUCGUUACCGGCGCCAGUGGCAGAACAGGCCAGAUAGUUUACAAGAAGCUGAAGGAGAGCUCAGACAAGUUUGUGGCAAAGGGAUUAGUGAGGACUCCGGAAGGAAAAGAGAAAAUCGGAGGAGAAGCUGAUGUUUUCAUUGGGGAUAUAACGGAUGCGGAUGCCAUUAAGCCUGCGGUUCAAGGGAUCGAUGCGCUUGUGAUUCUCACCAGCGCUACGCCCAAAAUGAAACCUGGUUUUGAUCCCACGAAAGGAGGAAGACCUGAGUUCAUCUUCGAAGAUGGGCAAUAUCCUGAGCAGGUUGAUUGGAUUGGCCAGAAGAAUCAGAUUGAUGCAGCCAAGGCUGCUGGUGUGAAGCAUAUUGUCUUGGUUGGGUCCAUGGGUGGAACCAAUCCUGAUCAUCCUUUGAACAAACUGGGAAAUGGGAACAUACUGGUUUGGAAGAGAAAAGCCGAACAGUACCUUGCUGAUUCUGGAACUCCUUACACAAUAAUCAGAGCUGGAGGACUUCUAGAUAAGGAAGGCGGUGCACGAGAGCUGUUAGUUGGCAAAGAUGACGAGCUUCUUCAAACCGACACUAAAACCGUCCCCAGGGCUGAUGUUGCUCAAGUCUGCAUUCAGGCAUUGUUGUUCGAGGAAGCUAAGAACAAGGCUUUCGAUCUCGGCUCAAAACCAGAGGGAACCGGUGCUCCCACCAAAGACUUCAAGGCUCUCUUCUCUCAAGUCACCUCUCGUUUUUAA